CAUCGAUCUUCUGAAGAAGUGUUAAUAAACAGGGGAGGCCAUCUAUUGACCGCGGGGAAGCGCAGACGUUGCCGGUAUUGCAGUCGGCAGGCGCACAGGUUCACAUCGCUCUCAGUACGUCAUGCGCACCGCCGCUUCCUGGUCGAUAUAUUUGUCAAUGAUUAAACCGAGCGGCCUAGUCGUACUGUAGAGUUCUCUCCGCGAGUCAACAGUGCUACUUGAGACUAAAGCCGUCAUGGAUUUCGGACGACACCUUGUUUUGGGGCUGCUUUAUUCUGUGGUGAUGCACGCAGGGAGGGUUUCUACAGCCGAGUUUAACGUUGUGAUUGUCCAGCCACGAAACGCGGAGUACGAGUGGACAGACACAAGCCUGGCGCACGUUACUAUGGACCAGAUAGAGCCCGCCGUCAACCUGGCCAUAAAGAGUGUGGGGGAAACGGGCAUGCUAGGCCAGCACAACUUCACCACACAUACGGUGGACUCAGAAUGCAGUCAUUACAUGACGCUGGUCAGACUUGUGGACCUGUACUACAAGGCUAACGUUCGGCCCGACGUUCUGAUCGGCCCGACGUGCACCUACGCGGUGGGGCACGCCGGGCGCCUGGCCAGCCACUGGGCCGUCCCGAUCAUAUCUGCCGGGGGGCAGCCGUCGGCGCUCCGUAACAAGACAGGUGGGUACCACGGCGAGUACAAGACGCUAACUAGAAUGGGAGUCACCUACAACAAGAUGGCGAACGUUGUGGUGGAACUUCUCUGGAAAUACAACUGGAAUCGGGUGGCCUUGGUACAUUAUGACGCCAGGAACCAACAGAAUGACUGCAAAUACGGCGCGCAGGCCAUCAAGGAAAAACUCGACCGGAUCCGCAGCAACACGACCCUAGACGAGAAAGUCCCGGCCGACAAGGACCCGAUCGAUUUGGUGCUAGACAAGGCGUACGACAAGGAUUCCAACCUUUCCUAUGACACCUUCCUUGUCGAGCUGGCAGAGAGAGCUAGAGUCGUCAUCACGUGCACGCCUAUCAGCGAUCUCCAGGAGAUGAUGCGAGCUGCCAGGAGACUCGGCAUGACUGAAGGAGAAUUUGCCUUCAUCGCCAUCGACCCGGAGUUCGAAGGGAUGUACAGCGGUACUCACCUGUGGAAGACAGGACCUGUUGGCUUGUGGCCGCUGAACAGUAAAAGCACAUCGGAGGAUGUCAGCAAAUCUUGCACAUGGCACGAGAAUGGAGAUGGCACAACCAAGAGAGAAUGGGAGCCCAACAACAACCAUGGCGACCUGAGCAGCAGCGUGACAUUGGCUCCUGAUAGGGGGUCAUAUUACUUCGGGGGCUACCCUGGCUCCAAGAUGGUCAUUCCGAGUGUGGACGGUUUGGACGUCCGGCAGUCUCUGACGGUGUUGGUCAAGAUUCAGCCCAGUAACGGCAUCAACGGCACCAUCUUCGGCUACAACGGGAGCGGGAUGGAGCUUCUGCAGCUCGGGAGUACGGGCCUGUCAGCAAGGUUUGUACGGGCGGACGGCACCAUUCUAAAAUCGGUCAACAAAGAGGGCGUUCUGGAGCCCGAGAAGUGGAACUACGUCGGCGCCACGUACGAUUAUCGAACCGGCAUCGCCAAACUGUGGCACGACGGGAAAGAGGUGGCCAGCGAGUCCAUCGGCAUCGUCGACCUGCGCACCCAGGGUCCCAUCACGGUCGGCGCCAACUUCAAGGGCAAAAUCACCUGCCUGCAGAUCUAUAACUACUCCAUGGACGACAGCCAGAUAGCCACGGCGAAAGAGGCAUGCCAAGAUGGUAAAGAUGCUUCUUCUGACGAGAAAGACCUGAUUGAGGCGUUUCGUUCCGUCAUCGCGAUCACUCUGCGAAAACCGGCAACCUUAGAAUUCGGAGAGUUCGUCAAGAAGCUAGAGGAAAGAGGAGUUAAGGAAAACCACUACGUCACGGCCUAUCACGACUCCAUGGUGCUGUUCGCCACGGCGCUGAACGAGACCAUCGCCGCGGGGGUGGACCCGGCCGACCUCAAACAGAACGGCUCGCCCAUCCUACAGAGGAUGUGGAACCGCACGUUUCAGGGUGCUGGAAAAGACAACAUCAGUAUUGACGAGCUAGGGGACAGGGACACUGAUUACACUAUUGUCGAGAUGGACAAGGUUUCUGGGGAAUUUAAGCCUUUCUGGGAUUAUAUGGGUUUUACAAAGUCGCUGAUCAAAAUCGCCGGUCAGGACAAGGUCAUGGACUGGCCGGGUAACAAAGUCCCUAACCCGGAGCCCUGCGGUCUGCGAGGGUCCAACGGUGUUGCUGCAACAGAGGCUUGUGAAGUAGACAAACCUCUCGAAAACAUCCUUCUGUACAGCCUUAUUGCUGUACUACUGUUGUUGGUGGGGUCCUUCCUGACUUACGUUUGGUGGAAUAGAAGAAAUGAUCAAGAGCUCGACAGGGCUCGGCGGAUGCUCAUCAUACCGAAGGACAACAUCAUUUUCUGCGGGGGGAGAAUGCGACCUGGUCCGAGCAUGGUGCUCCUUGACGAACGCUCCCGUGACUUGCCGCGGAGGGACUCCAACCUAUCCCUGAUGGACGGACAGAUCCAGUCCCAACAGUUCGCAGAUACUGGGUACUGUAAAGUAGCAGAUGAGGCGACAGGCAACACGCAGUGGCAGAGAGUUCGGAUCAAGAAGACGUGCUACACCGGCGUGGUGCAGAUCAGCGACCGGGAGAUUGUUCUCGAGUUAAAAGAGAUGAGAGACUUGAGCAACAGCCACGAUCAUCUGGUGAGGUUCGUAGGAGUGUGCAGGGAACACUUCGAUAACCCCACCAUGAUCCUGACGGAAUACUGUCCCAAAGGCAGCCUUAUGGAUGUCCUGCAGGACGAAAGAGUGAAGCUAGACUGGGUAUUCCAGUGUAACCUCAUGAACGACAUCAUCAAAGGCAUGCGCCACAUUCACAGCAGCAAGAUGCGUUCCCAUGGUAACCUGACGUCAUCAAACUGCCUGGUUGACGCCCGGUUUGCGGUAAAGAUCGGCGACUUCGGGCUGCCGUCGUUCAGGGUUUCCCUGGGAGAAGGGAUAGACUCUUCCGAGCCGUGCGAAGGCGAGAUGACUCAUGCCUUUUACGAAAAGAAAUUAUGGUGUGCUCCAGAGCUGCUGCGACAAGAGAACCCGCCGAAGGAGGGGACACAGAAAGGAGACAUCUACAGCUUCGGCAUCAUCAUGCAGGAGAUCAUGCUGCGUGAGGGGCCUUUCUUCGUGAAAGAAGACGACUCGAUGAUGGCAAAAUCCAAAGUAGAGCAUGUCAUGUUGAAGAAGUCGGACUCCAGAGGAAGACUGUUCCGCCCGACGCUGCCGACGCUGGACGACAUGGAGGAUAUAGAGCUGGAGGAUGACAUCCAGCCCGCCGUCAACUCGAACGCCAACGCCACCAUCCCGGACCUGAGCCAGAACUCAUCAAACUCACCCGCAAAAGACAAGGGUCCACAUUCUCAUUCCAAGGGCUCCGACACGGUACCGCUCGUUCCCCGUGAUAAGAUGAAGGACAGAAGAAAAGAGAUGAUGAGCAGGUUCCUGGAGGAGGUUCAGCGCCUGAUGUCGGAGUGUUGGCAGGAGGACCCCAUCCAGAGACCCGACUUCAACCAUUUGUUCAGCCACGUGCGCAAGUUUCUUGGCAGGGACAAGACACUUGUGGACAACUUGCUGGGCAGAAUGCAGAAGAUUGUGAGUAACCUGGAGACCAUCGUGGACAAACGGACGGAGGAGUUGCGAAAGGAGAAGGAGAAAUCAGACAUGCUACUCUACAGGAUGCUGCCGAGUUCUAUCGCGGAUCAGUUGAAGUCUGCCCAGAAGGUCCAGGCAGAGAGGUUUGAAUGUGUCACCAUCUACUUCAGCGACAUCGUCGGUUUUACCGCCUUGGUCCACAAGAUGAAGCCCAUGGAGGUGGUCACUUUACUAGAUGACUUGUACAAAAUGUUCGACCAAAUCAUCGACGACUUCGACGUCUACAAGGUGGAGACUAUCGGGGACGCCUACAUGCUCGUGUCGGGCCUGCCGCGGAAAAACGGCAGCGAGCACGUCAAGGAGAUCUCCCGGUCUGCCCUGGGGAUUCUCCGCGGAGUCGCCGGGUUCAAGAUUCGGGGCAGACCGGAGGAGGUGCUGAAAAUCCGCAUUGGCAUUCACUCGGGUGAGUGUGCGGCAGGAGUGGUGGGUGAGACGAUGCCGAGGUACUGUCUGUUCGGAGACACUGUCAACAUAGCCUCCAGGAUGGAGUCGACAGGCGAAGCUAUGAAGAUCCAUGUGUCUGAGGACUCUUACAAUCUGCUCCAACCUGGAGACUUCAAGCUGGAAUACAGAGAUCUGACCACUGUUAAGGGGCGGCCGCAUCCAAUGAAGACUUACUGGUUGAUCGAGGAAAAAGUUGUUCCUGUGCCUAACGGAACGGUGUUCGGGACAGAAAACUCCAGAUCCCUUCCACAGUUGCAGUCGGACCAAGUUGUAGAAAACCCACCGAGCAGAGUGACCAACUCACCUAGUAGAGUGACCCACCCUCCUUUCUACAGUGUCGAAACCGUAUGCUAGUAUAAGAUCUUUGUUGAGCAUUGCGAUGACAUUGUAACAGUACUAUGUAUAUAAAGGAGGUGCAGAGUGAAGAUUUUGCGACUGAAAACAGGUUGGCUUUGUACUGUACAGAGAUUGUCCAUAGACUUUAAUGUUUAUACAGUAUACCUGUAAAUGUGUGUCUGUAACUAGUUGACUGUUUAUCCGAGGAACCACACAGAGCUCCUACUGGUGUAUUGUGUGCGGGUCAACAAUCAUGAUGCGUGUGCUCGAUGCACUUGUGUAGACGAUGUACAGUUUUUCUGAUGUAGUGUAAGAGUGUUCCUGUAAAACACGACCCUGCAGUCUCAGAUGAUAGCAUUCCAUCGCCAUCCUUCUGCAGUACUGCAACGGACUGAUAGUUGUCGCCUUUGAUCCAUGUAAAAUUGACAUCUGAGACGAUGGCAAGUGCAUCAUUUCAGGAAAUGAUAUUGCUAUAGUUGAAGAAAAAGAAAGCUCACUAAAACUGUGUAUAAUUUUAAGACCUAGUCGUUCCUAUUGAAGUCUCCAUCGACUACCAUGUACAUGCGUAAACGAAGACUCCAAUGAUAUGACCCUGGAAGAUGACGUGUCAGAAAGGGAAUUUCGUUGUAAUCACAUUAUCAUUACGUCACGUUUGUAUGUACAUCUGUUGUGAACCAAUCGAUUUUAUGUCAUUGGAACAGUCUCUCUGUAAAGACAUUUGGUGGGUAGGAGCAAAUUACUAUCUCAUAGUCUUUAACCCAGAUGGUAGUGUCUUUUUUAGAAAAAUUGUGCCUCAAGACAAGUUAUCAUGUGAAGAUGGUGACUCAAUGCUCCUAUCGAAUUAGUGUAGAAUUACACUAGACUGUAUAAUGUACAAAAAUAUCCACUUAUUAUAUACAUGUACACGUAUCACUACUUUGAGGCCGUCGAAAUGUGACAAACACACGAAUGUUGCGGCCGUGACCAUGUAAUCUUGAGGCCAUAUACAUGUACUGUACAGUAAGCGAAUGUUGGAUUCCGGAAUGUAAUUUGUAUAUAGUGAAUACUUGUGAGUGAUCAGCGACCAUACCAGCACAAAAAAAAUCAUCAGCUCUAUGUCUUUAUGUCAUUUCUUAUUGUUCAUUAAGGUCCAAACGUCGUCAGUAUCACUGUAAAAGAGUAUUAUAUUAAAUUGUCAAUUUGUAAUAUAUGUUAAAAAACAUUGUAUGAUUGUGUCCAUGGUGUUUGGGAAAUUUAUGCGUGAAGAGUUGGUGUACUGAAACACGAUUGUUGUUGACAGAUGGGUGUUUGCGUGGCGUUACCGAGAUGGCAUGUACAUGUACAAAUAUGGCUCCGCUCGUGAGGCGUCGCCAAGAAAUCGUUCGUUGUCCGAGUUUUGAAAUUUAACGCUUACCUCAUGAAGCAUAUUGACGGGAAACGUCGUAAGACCACAGCAGUGUCUUUGAGUGAAUACCUGACCAAGUGUACAGAAAUCGCUAAUUGUGUUCUAGAACUGGAGAAAUGUAAACGCGAACGUGUUCAACGCUGGUUAACAAAUGACUGGUACUAUACCACACACAUGUAGAUGAUUCUUUUGAUAUAAUUGUGCAUUUCAAUACGAUACAUUAAUAUUAUCGUGCCCAUAUGUGGAAUAAGAGUACAACACUUGGUUUACUCUGACUGCACUGAUAGGAAAAACCUAAUACUUGCAAUUGACUACGAAUGAUCAAACAAAAAAAGAAGAAUUUUCAAUUUUUCUGUUUCAAAAUUGUCCUAUCGCUAUUUACAAAUACAUCACUCGAAUUCAUAUUUAAUGGAAAAAGGGUGUUUGUUAAGCACCGUGUAUACAGUCGAGAAAUACUACUUGAACAAACAGAUUGUGUAGAAGCCAAGGUUGUAAAUGGUGUCAGUUCCUUGUUUGUUCUGUGAAGUAAAGAUGUUAAAACUUUAGUGGGUCAUAUCAGGUCAAAACACGACAGUGCAGAGACUAUACGUUUCUCUAUAGUUGAUCAUAUACUUCGGUUCCUCUUGGAGGACAAUAAAACGGACUAU